AUGUUUCCUCACGAGCCGAAACAUGCAGAUGCGACCGGAGCGCAGGAGAUCGAUCGGCUCUCGAGCCAGGAGAUCGACGAUGCGAAGCUAGCACGGAUGGGGAAGCGACCGGUUUUGAAGCGGAACUUUGGGCUGUGGUCGAUUCUGGGAUUUAGUUGCACGAUUCUGAUUACAUGGGAAGGCAUUGUGGUGCUUUUCCUGCAGGCAUAUGAGAAUGGUGGUCUAGCUGGCGCCGUGUACGGGUUCAUCUUUGUUUGGGUUGGCGUGGCAUCAACAUUCGUGGUGCUAUCAGAGCUGGCGUCAAUGGCUCCCACAUCAGGCGGUCAAUACCACUGGUGCUCAAUGCUAGCACCCAGGUCCGCAAUGAAAAUCAUCAGCUACUUGACAGGCUGGCUGACUGUCAUCGGCUGGCAAGCGACCUUCGCAACAUCGUGCUAUCUCUGCGGUACGCUCAUCCAAGGACUCAUCGCCCUGACGCAUAGCAACUACCAGCCGCAGAACUGGCAUGGCACACUCCUUUUCUGGGCUGUUGCGGUCUUCUCCCUGAUCAUCAACAUCGUGGGAGGAAACCUGCUUCCGCGGUUUGAGGGAUUAAUACUCGUUCUGCACAUCCUUGGCUUCUUCGCAAUUCUUGUUCCCUUGGUCGUCAUGUCGGAUCACGGUGAUGCACAUGAGGUGUUUACCAAUUUCCUAAAUCUGGGCGGAUUCCCGUCGCAGGGUUUGUCGUUCUUCGUUGGAAUGGUCGGGUGUAUCUUUGCCUUUGCGGGAGGUGAUGCUGCUGUUCAUAUGUCCGAGGAGAUCACAAAUGCAUCCACCGCUGUGCCAGCCUCGAUCAUGCUCAGCGUAUUGAUCAAUGGCUCACUUGGUUUUGGUAUGUUGCUAGCGAUGCUCUUCUGCCUGGGAGAUAUUGAACUUGCUCUUCAGUCCCCCACGGGCUACCCGUUCAUGUCAAUCUUCUUGCAAGCGACCGGAUCAGUGGUUGGGACAGCUGUCAUGUGUUCCAUCAUCACCACAAUGGGCAUUAGCACUUCUGUCGGUAUGCUAGCAACAACCUCGCGCCAAUUCUGGUCUUUCGCGCGUGAUCGGGGUAUUCCAGGCUGGCGAUUAUGGAGUCAAGUCCACGGCCAAAACCGCGUCCCGGUAUACUCCGUCCUACUAACAAUGUGCAUUGCCUGUCUCCUCGCCCUAAUCAACAUCGGCUCCUCCGUCGCCUUCAACGACCUAGUCGCAAUGUCUAUCUCCGGUCUCUACCUCUCCUACAUGGUCGUUGCCGGCCUCCUCCUGUACCGCCGGAGUACCGGCGCAAUCGGACAUAUCCGCAACGGCGACUCCGAGCUUGUCAACACAGUCGGUGGCAAGCUCGUUUGGGGGCCGUUCCAUUGCCGUGGGAUAUGGGGUAUCCUGAUCAACGCAUGCGCUCUCGUUUACAUGAGCAUUGCGGUAUUUUUCAGCUUCUGGCCCCCUUCUUGGGCGGUCGUUGUUGAUACUAUGAAUUUUAGCGUUGUGGGUACUAUGGGGGUUGUACUUCUUAGUUUGGUGUAUUAUUUUCUUCGGGCUCGUCGGAUUUACGAUGGGCCUAUUGUGGAGACUGCGUGA